UUUGCCUCCCGCGAGCAGGCGGCGAGAGGGACGCUCAGGUUCUCCUCGCCUCACAGCCGGGGGGCGAGUGGGCCGGCCGAGCCCGCCCCUCAGCGCCAGGCGGCUCUGGGCAGCAGCCGGGACGGCAGCAGAGGCAGUCCUCGGACUUACGACACAGUUGGUUCCUGAACAUUGCCUCGUAAAUUGAAGUGUCGUAACUCGGAACCGCAAUACACUCCAUUGUGGGAGCGAGCAUCGUAAAGUCGAACCAAUUGUCAAAGCUGUGAUGAAGACAUGACUUCCAGUGGCAGUAAUGCAGAGAGCGUGAACCCUGUGCUCAGAAUAAGUCAGCUGGAUGCUCUUGAACUAAACAAAGCCUUGGAGCAGCUAGUUUGGUCCCAGUUUUCCAGCUGUUUUCAUGGAUUUAAACCAGGGCUGUUGGCUCACAUUGAACCAGAAGUAAAAGCAUUUUUAUGGCUUUUCUUGUGGAGAUUCACCAUCUAUUCUAAGAAUGCAACUGUGGGACAGACUAUUCUGAAUAUUCAGUACAAGAAUGACUUAUCUCAAACACAGAAAUAUCAGCCAUUGAGCAAACAUCAGAAGUUAUGGUAUCUUAUCUGCACUGUUGGUGGAAGGUGGUUGGAAGAAAGAUGCUAUGAUUUGUUCAGCAGUCGCCAACUAGACUCAUUCUUCAGAGCCAAGCAUUUCAUUAAUUUUGUAGCUGGACUUCUAAAACUUUGUGGACUACUGAACUUUCUGAUUUUCCUUCAGAAAGGAAAAUUUGCAACAUUUACCGAACGUAUUUUAGGAAUUAGAUCUGUCUUUUGUAGGCCUCAGAAUGUUCGUCAAAUAGGGUUUGAAUACAUGAACAGGGAACUUCUUUGGCAUGGCUUUGCUGAAUUUCUCAUCUAUCUUCUACCACUCAUUAACAUGCAAAAGCUCAAACUCAAAAUUUCAUCUUGGUCUUUGCCUAUUGCAGUUUUUUCCAACAGUGAAAACACUUUAGCAGCACAUUGCAAGGAAUGUUCUGUAUGUGGGGAGUGGCCAACUAUGCCUCAUACCAUAGGCUGCUCACAUGUUUUCUGCUACUAUUGUAUUAAAAGCAACUGCUUAUUUGACAUGUAUUUUACCUGUCCUAAGUGUGGUACAGAGGUACACAGUAUUCAGCCAUUGAAAUACAAGAUUGAAAUGACAGAAGUUCACACCCUCUAGAGUUUUUUGCAGUGCACUUGAAGCACAUACUUUAGAGUAAACUGUAUAAUAUUCAGAACCACUAUUAAAUUGAUCAUAUUGUCAUCUUUGUUUACAGCAGAUUGAUCUUUCUGUCUUAUGUCUGUGGAUAUAAUAAAGUCUGUAUUGACAUUAGUUUCCAUAUACUAAUAUAAAAUUGUAAUUUAACCAUUAUUCCAAUUAUAAUCAAAGAUUCAUGGGACUAUAUUGUUGGUAGCUAUCCACAUAUUUCAUCAACUGCCUUAUAGAAUCACCAUAAAAGACAUUCCUUGUAAACUACUUUUGAGGUAAGUAACUCAUUAGCAUCUAUAAUAAAGUAGUGAGACCACCUAAAGAAAAUGGAGAGCUGCACCCUAGGAUAUAUCAGCAAAAAAAAAAAAAAAAUCAUGUUCUCUUAGUACUGGGGAAUAGGCUUAAAAGUACCUUUUAAACAGUUUUUGCCACUUUGCACCAUUAAGUCAGUUUAAAUUCAUUGCAGUGAAUCUCUUCCCUAAUUGUCCCAACCAAAUGCAUCUACCGUUCCAGGCUACUAAGUGGAUACCACCCUAAUCUAUUAUAAGUCAUAGGGUACUUUUAUUGCCUUUAUAAACAUUUAUUAUAGGCAUUCAUAUACCACAGUGAUAAACGUGGGUCUCUUUGGUUAUUUCCAUUGUUGUUGUACCACAAUUUCACUGGAUAUCAAUUAUCAGUACAGCUCUGCAAUAGCAGAGCACCAAACUCUGAAGCUGUCAUAAAUAACAGAUGUUUUAGUGUGUGUGUCUGGGGGGCGGUUCCUUAGCAAUACUAGAUUUUAUUUUUAUUUUAUUUGUUUUACUAUGUAAUUAGGUGAAAUCUUGGCUGCAGAGGAGU